UUUGACACAUUUGUUGCAGUUGGAGGGUUAAUUUGCUGGAAUAAAAUCAAUUUCUGGUUGGGUGAAAUAAAGCAGUGCGGCGGAGGCUAUUUCCAAUUGCAGAAAGCAGUUCUUCGGUCUUUCUCCUCGUGUCGGCCAUUUUCUCAAAAUGAGUAAUCUUCGGCUGCAGAAGCGCUUAGCAUCCAGCGUGCUAAGCUGCGGCAAGAACAAGGUCUGGUUGGAUCCCAACGAGAUCAACGAGAUUGCCAAUGCUAACUCACGUCAGAAUAUCCGCAAGCUUGUCAAAGAUGGUCUGAUCAUCAGGAAACCGGUGGCUGUCCACUCCAGGGCACGCGUCCGCAAGAACGCCUUGGCCCGACGGAAGGGACGACACAGCGGCACAGGUAAGAGGAAGGGUACAGCUAACGCCCGUAUGCCACAGAAGGUCAUCUGGAUCCGCAGGAUGCGUGUGCUGAGACGACUCCUCAAGAAGUAUCGGGAAGCCAAGAAGAUUGACCGCCAUCUUUACCACAGUCUGUACAUGAAGGCCAAGGGCAACGUCUUCAAGAACAAGCGCGUCUUGAUGGAGUUCAUCCACAAGAAGAAGGCCGAAAAGACACGCAGCAAGCUGCUCCAAGACCAAGCUGAAGCCCGUCGGCAGAAGACCAAGGAGGCGCGCAAGCGUCGCGAGGAACGCCAGCAGGCUAAGCGCUCGGAGAUGCUCAAGGCUUACAUCAAGGAAGAUGAGGAACAAGCCGGAAAGAAGUAAAAACAUGCAACAGCCACUGGAGAAAAUGAAAAAACUGACACAUCAAACAGUCACAGACAAGCGCCUAGACUGGUUACUAGUCUAACUAGGGUUUUUGUCAUCAAAACCCUGGGGAAAAAAUAAGAAACAGGACGUUUCUAGGGAGAUAAUGCCAUAUCUUUUCAUGUUUGGUCAUUUUCAGAUGACAAAUUGUGAAAGAUUCUUGACAUAUAAGAAUAUGUGUUAUAUACAAAAAUAAAGGUUUUUCUUUCUAGAUCCGACCAAUGUAAAAAG